AUGGCAUCUCUCAACCACAUCCUGGUCCUCGGUGUGGGUCUCCUUGCCAUGGCUAGAGCAGAAGGUCCACAGGAACAUGACCCAUUCACCUACGACUAUCAGUCCCUGAGGAUCGGAGGCCUCGUCAUCGCCGGGGUCCUCUUCAUUCUGGGAAUCCUCAUCAUCCUUAGCAGAAAGUGCCGCUGCAAAUUCAACCAGCAGCAGAGGACUGGGGAGCCUGACGAAGAGGAGGGAACUUUCCGCAGCUCCAUCCGCCGUCUGUCCAGCCGCAGGCGGUAG